AUGGAGAGUAUAUUUGAAGAGUUCAGUUUACCAAAAAAACAAAGAAAGACUACAUAUAAGAAAAUACAUGAGGAACCAAACAAUGAUGAGGAAGCACUGACUGAAGCAGUGGAUGUUAUGGCACCACCAGUUAUUGGAAAUGGAUUCAUUUUUGGCAAUGCUCUCAUAGAUAAAAUUAGGAAUCGAUUAGAUGGUAAGGAAAAUAAAGAGGAUACACCUGUUCCAACCCAAACGCAAAUGAUUGAUAAUUUAUACAAAGACGCUGAGGAGUUGGAAGAAGAGACAAUUGAAUAUGAGAAAGAAGCAAUAAAUAAAGAACAAGAAGUAGUACAAACCCAACUUAUUGCGAAGGAAAAGGAAGAAAUUGAGAACAUAAAAAAUCCAUCUGACGCAUAUCUUCAGGAAACGCAACCAAUUGAGGAAAAAUCGUUUCUUUUGGGAACAAAUAAAGAACUAGAAACACAAGAAACCCAGGUAAUCAAUCCUGUCUUAAGCGAAUCCCAACCUAGUGAAAAUAGGUCAUCUAAUGAGAAAAUCCCUUUCACAUUCACCCAAAAAAUCCAAGAUUUUGUUGAAACAGUUGAAAACUAUAGUACAGAUCUCUCUUUGUCUAAAGAUGAAACUAUUACCAUAAAUCUACCGAAUCAUGCUACUGAUAAUUCCACAAGUAAAAGAGCCCACAGAAUUAGCCAGGAACUUCAGCGAACAAUGACGGAUAUGGAUACCCAAGUCAUUAAUAAUACAAAUCUUGAUGUUAUUGAAGCCACAAUGGCUGAUUUACCAAAUUUAAAUGAACCACAAUCAACUGUUGCAGAUAUACCCUCUACUGGUUUGAAAAUUCAUGAAAUUCAGAAAGAAUUAGAAAGGGAAAGAAAUUCUAAGGAACUGAAAGAAUACAAAAAACCGUCUAAAGAAAUAAAGGUUAUUCCAAUUAAAUUUAGUAAAACAUCAUUACUAGAUGGAUUCGAUAACUCUUCAUCUGAUGAUGAGUUAGAAGUACAGAAAGAUAUGAAAAUAACUCGAACCAAAGAAAAACCUGAAAGUUCGAUAAAACCAAAAAUUAAACCUAAAAAACUAACUGGUUUAAACACCUAUGAAAACAAAUUGAAAAAAAAGCUUCUUGAGAAAAAACACAUUCAAUUAGACUCAGAUAGUGAUAAUGACAGUGACAUAGCGAAAAGGUUUCCUAUUUCUCGAACCUCAAAGGCCACGCUAUUAAAUUUAAAGGCAAGAUUAUCAAAAAAGAAACCAGUCAAGUCAAAUAAAUCAACUAAUACUAGUCUUGAUGUUCUUUUCCAAAACUUGAAACAGGCAAGUAGAAAACAAAUCUUAGAUCAUCAAAGAGAACUAGUUGAAAAUAGAGGAUUUAAAUUAGAAGAUAUUGAAAAAGAAAAGGAAAUUGUAGAAAAUUUAUUAGAAGAGGAAAUUAAAAGAAAUAAAAGAAUUCGGAUGCGUGAGAAGCAGAAAGAAAAGUCUUUAAGUGAAAACGAAGAUGCUGAUUUUGAUUUAAGUGCCAACGAAUUAGAAGAUGAGGAGGAGGAUGGGGUGAAUGAUUCAGACAAUAUUGCGAAUUCUCAAAUAAGCGAUGAAGAGGAUGAAGACAGUGAUUCUGUUUUGGAUAAUGGAAAUCAUGUUGCCGAUGAAGAAGGUGACGCGAACCGCGAAGCGGACAAUUCAAGCAUCUCGAGCAAAAAUGAAAUUUCUGAUGAGGAUGAAGAUUCCAUCUUUCAAUUAACAAGAAAGGAAAAGCAUCCUGUUAGAAUAAUACAAGAAUCUGAUGAUGAGAAUGAAAUAAAUAAAAUCAACACCAUCGAUCUCGGUGUUUAUGGUGGUAAUCUGGAUAAUCCAAAUCCGUUAUCAUCUCAAACUGAACCUAAUGAGGACGAUGAAGAUGAAAAAUCCACCUAUGAGAAUAAAGAGAUAACAGAAGAGGAACGCCAUGCUUUGAUCCUUGCUGAGAAAAAAAGAAUCCAAUUAAUAGAGAAAAAGAAUGCUGCAAGAACUAAAGAAAUGAAGAAAAAGGGUGUUAAUAAACUAUUUGAAAUGGAAGCUGAAGAAUCCGAAGAUGAAUGGCAUGGUAUUGGUGGUGCAGAUGGAGAAGUAUCAGAUGAAUAUGAUUCGGAGGUGGAGAAAAUGAUUGAUGAUUACUCUAAGUCAAAUUUCAAUCCUGAUGAGAUACGUCAGAUGUUAGCACUGGAGAAUAAGGAAAUGGAUCUAAACAUGAUUACAAAGAUAUUAUAUGAUAUAAAGAACGGAGGGUUCCGCAAGAGAAGAAGAGGAGGGCUAGACCUUGAAUUGAGUGAUGAUGAUGAAGACGAUGAGGAGUUAAGAGAAUAUCAUAAAAGAAAAAGAGAGUUAAUGAAAAAGAGAAUGUUAGAAAUUGGUGACGAUAAGAAACUAAUAAAGAACCCCAAAUCCAAAGCAUUCUUUGAAAGUAUGGUAGAGGAUAUUGUUGAUGAAAAAAAUGCCUUUGGGGAUAUUGAAUCCAUUGAGAAAUCUAGUACUGAAUUAGACACUCAGGAAGAAAAAGAGCAAGAUGUAACACCUGGGGUGGAUAAGAAAAAGAAUGUGAUAUCUGAAGAGUUUGUUCAAAAGACGCUAUCAUUUUUAAGAAGUGGCCGUGACUUAGAGGAGUUCAAUAUUGAAGAGGAUCUUGCCAAGGAACAACAUGGUGAAAACGUAGAAGACCUAUUUUCAUUAAAACAGAGAAGCACCAUCAAAGAGUUCCGAAAUCCAAGUCAGACUAACACCAUUGACUUAAUAAAUAAUGUGGAGAAUGUUGAGUCAUCUCCCUUGGGAGGAUUCAAGCCACCGUCGGUUAUUAAAUCCUUUAGUUCCAGGACGGAUAUUAAUGAGAAAUUUAAAGAUGGGAACAAAACUGUUACAAUAUCUAAAGUCUACAAGACAGUUGGUAGUUCCAAGGCGUCCAUUACAUAUUUAGGAAAGAGUAGAAAAUUGAUGCCGCCCAAGAAAAAUAAGAACCGGGAAAAAAUAGGAAGCAAAAUAAAGCCUACUAGAAGCAGUUUAUUUUCAUCACAUGAUGAAAGUUUCGAAAACUCUUAA